GUUGCAGAACCACCACACACGCACAUAGCAAAGAAGAAGCAGAAGAAGAAGAACCCAAAAGGAAGAACAAAAAAAAAAAAUUGAAUAAAGAAGAAGAAAGGUUUGAGAUUUAGCUGCAGGGGAGGUGGUGGAACAAAACCCUAAUCCCAAUUUGCCCCGAAUAUGCCAUUUUUGAGGAUUGUGAGACUUCUCCUACCUGGAAUCAGGGUCUUGAUUAGAAGAUCUCUAAUUUGGUUAUUGUAGAUGCAUCUCCGUGAAAUUAUUCCCUCUUGGAUCUACCAGUUGUUUGGUUGCAUGGGAGGUUGUUUUGGAUGCUGCAAUAAACCACCGCUUAUAGUUGCAGUGGAUGAGCCAUCUAAAGGGUUAAGGAUUCAAGGUCGUUUAGUGAAGAAGCCAAGUGUAUCAGACGACUUUUGGAGCACAAGCACCUGCGAGAUGGAUAACAGUACACUUCAGUCACAGAGAAGCAUUUCUUCGAUCAGCUUCACUAACAACACUUCUGCAAGUACAAGUAACCCCACAGAAUUUGUAAACAAUGGAUUGAACCUCUGGAACCAAACUAGGCAACAGUGGCUUGCAAAUGGGACUUCUCAAAAGAAGGCCAAACUUCGAGAACCUACAAUAAGCUGGAAUGCAACAUAUGAGAGCUUGUUGGGUAUGAACAAGAGGUUUUCUCGUCCAAUACCUCUCCCUGAAAUGGUGGAUUUUCUUGUGGAUGUAUGGGAGCAAGAAGGCUUGUAUGACUGAUUUUACAACUCUUGAAACUUAACUAGUUUCUUAAUUAUGUGUGUAUUCAAAAGAAAAAGAAAAUCCAGAAACUUGGAUUUAUAGACUUAUUUAGUUUCCAUGAAAGUAAAAAAAAAACAAAAUAUAUAUUUUUACUUUCAAAGGCACAAAAAACGAUUUAAGACCUUUGUUUUUUGGUUUUGGUCUUUGUGUAAUAGUCAAUUUGUUAACACUCGGAAUUGUAUUAUUAUUGACCAAGUGGGUUUUGGUUUCA